AUGGUCUCCCAAAGCAGGUCUACAAGCAGCAGCUCAGACUGGGUUCAGUUCCCAUCCGGCCACCUCGAUGUUGCGCUCGCAGCCAGCGGCGGCCUCGCAGCCAGUGGUGUUGAAGAAAACCAAGCAGUGAAAGGCUUCCUGCUGCCCAGCAGUCAAGAGUUUCCACCUGCUCUGGAGCUUCGCUCGUGCGGAAACGGUGCGGUCUGCACAGGUGGCCAAAGUGCCCAAGCAGCGGAGACGCGCUUGGCCAAGCGCAGCACGUAUUUAGCGUCGCUGGCUUGCCUGCGUCCGCUCAUCAGUGACUCGCCAUGGAUGACUCACAGCUGA